AUGGCCUUUCUUAAUGAGGAACGAGUGUUAACUAGGCGUCUUCAAGAUUGUGUCAGCAGUGUGAAUCCUAGCCUCAUCGAUGACUUAGAUGGCAUUCUUACGUGGCUGAACCCUAAUGAGCAGGAAAGCAAUCAUCAAAUGAGACCACCAAGUUUGAGAUUAAAAAACGGGUUCAAACUGUUACUGGAUAAUAAAGAGAUACCCUCCACCUUUAUUGAGUUAAUCCGUGAGUAUUUGUUCUUGCAAACAAGAGCACACUUUUUCCGUAAUUUUGAGAAUGUUCGGUCUUUCAAAGAGGUUCAAAAGCUUGAAAAAUACUACGAGUUCCCUUUAAAAUAUGUAAACUUGUUCAGUACUGACGAGUGGGACAAUGAACUAAAUGGUUUCAGAGCAUACCUAUUCUCAAAUAAUGCCAUUUUACGCUGUACUAUCAAGCAGCGUUUAAGGCAAUUGAUAUUAGAUGAUGAUUUCGAUAUGGCAACGAAAAUAUAUUUUUGGAUCUGUCAAGCACUGGAGUGCUCACUGGUUUAUUUAAUCUUAGAUAUCCUGAUGGAUAAGGUGUGCGAGUAUGCAGAGCAUAAUAUGCGCGGUUCCUAUCGUAAACGGUAUGUCGUUAUGGAAACAUUUAAUACAUUUAUCAGCAAGUAUUGGUCUUCUUUUGCGAACAUGCUCAAGUGUGCUGAAGAUGAGCAUGAAAUAACAACACAGAUAUUCAACUGUUUUGAAAAGGAGUUUCUACGAAUUCGCACCUCAGAAAUCUUCGAAAUAUUUGUUGCUAACUAUCCUGAUUCGAGCCCCACUCUUCUAGAACUGCGAAAUGUUCUCAAGAGUCCCGAAGACUUCACACAUCUUAUAUCUGAAUUUUUGCGUCAGUUUGAGGAAAGGAGAAUGAAUCCAAGUAUAACCACAGCUGAAAUUUUGCUGUCAUACGUAAAUGCAGUAAAAAGCAUUCUUACUGUCGAUACUACAGGACGAUAUUUUCAAUUAUUGACCAAUUUCAUACGUCCUUACGUUAUGGAAAGGAGAGAUGCAGUCACCACAUUUCUCUAUGCCAUGCUCGAACUUGAUGUUAGUGAGAUCAGUGACCCAAACGUCACUUCAAUACAUAUGGAAGUUCUGAAAGAUUUGGCGAGACAGUUAAAAGACCCUGAAUUCACUUCACUAGAGAGAUUUGCAGCGGUUGAAAAGAAUAAAGGGUCAAUUGACACAGGUUUUCCAGUUCUUUUCGAUCAUGGAAAAGCAUUACAUGAACAGAUUCUGGAUAGUUUCCUGCAUUGGACCCCAGAACCUUCUGGUACCAUUAGGACAAAAAGCAACAGCCCAUUGUUGAAUAAAAAUCUCCUCGACAUUAUUUUGGAAAUCUUUGACUCUAAAGAUGUUGUGAUUAACGAGUUUUUGGCAAUUUUUACUAGAAAGUUACUUGCAUUGAAAUAUUAUAGAUUAGAUCCCAAAUGGCUUAGAAGUCUUAAGCUUCUCAAAAAAAAGUUUGAUGUGCGAAAUUACUCUAAUGGUCAAGAUGUUUCUAAUAUUAAUAAUAUUGAUGUCAUGCUCAAAGAUAUCAAACAGAGUGAAGAAUUAUCUACGAAAAUGCAUGCCAUUCCUGAAUUAAGUGAUAAAGUCUACCCAAAAUUUAUUUCGUAUUUGUUUUGGAAUGCUGCCACAGAACCCUUCAGUAAAAGUACUGAAUUUCGCUUACCUACCUGGUUGAAUAACGAGGUUGGGAAAUACGCUCGGGUUUACUCUCAGAUGAAACCAGGGCGUAAGUUGCAUCUAUUCAAAUAUCAGGGUACAGUUGAGUUAUGUUUGACGUUUGAUGACGGUAGGGUGCUUGAGAGUGAAGUAUCUUUCGACAGAGCUGCAGUCAUUUCUGUCUUUCUUGAACAAGAUUCUCAGCAAGGUUUGACUUUGAUGCAGAUAAUAACCAAGACGGGCCUUAUUGAAACAACCGUAAAAAUUCACCUACAGUACUGGCUUGAUAUGGCAGCUUUGUACUUGAAUUUUGAUGAAGGUGUUUAUAAAAUUCUUGAGAAUUAUGAGAAAGCAGCUCAGCAAGAACACAAUGUUCCGGUACGGCAAUUAAAAUGUAAGCUUCGUAAUAUUGAAACGAGCUCUGAAACUAUAGACAAUAUUGAUGAUAAACAGCAUCAGCAAUUCAUAGACUCGAUGUCUAGGGCUCUACCUUUUAUACAGGGAAUGCUAACCAACCUAGGAAGUUUGAAACCUGAGAAAAUUCAUUCUUUCUUAAAAAUAGCGGUACCUAAAGAAGUCGGUUAUUCUGCCACUCUUACACAGUUAGAAACUUACUUGAACGUACUUGUUGAUGAGGAAAGGUUACUUGCAACUGCUAACGGGUCUUAUAAGCUCAAUAAAAAUACGGAUCCUAAAAGGUAG